AAUCACCAUGGCUAAUUUCAACCAAAAGCUAACCCUAUUUCUCCCCUUUUUCUUCUUUUUGAUCUUGAAACUUCAAACCUAUGCUCAAGGAGAUCAGCAAGUGCCAUGCUACUUCAUCUUCGGAGACUCUCUAGCUGAUGCUGGGAACAACAACAUCCUUUUGACACUAACGAAGUCGAAUUAUCCGCCUUAUGGGAUAGACUUCCCCUUGGGAGCCACGGGACGGUUCUGCAACGGCCGUACUAUCAUCGAUGUUCUGACCGAUCUGUUGGGAUUUAAACAAUAUAUUCCGCCAUUUCCAAAGGCAAUAGGAAGGCAAUUGCUCCAAGGAGUGAAUUAUGCGUCGGCUGGGUCAGGGAUUCGACAAGAAACUGGCAAGGACCUGGGGCAGAGGGUAUGGUUGGCGAAGCAGUUGGUGCAACACUCCAACACAGUAUCGCGCAUUAAUGGGAUCUUUGGGAACAGCAGAGUAGCAUCAGACCACCUUAGCAAGUGCCUCUACACAGUCGGCAUCGGCAGCAAUGAUUACAUCAAUAACUACUACAAGCCAGAAAUCUAUGUCAGCGGCAAUAUUUAUAGUCCGGAAGAAUACGCUGACAUACUCGCCAAGGAGCUAGAGACAAACCUCAAGCUUCUACACUCCUUCGGAGCGAAAGUGGUUGCUGUUUUUGGGCUGAGCGGGAUCGGGUGUACCCCAACAGUUGUCGAAAAAUUUGGAGGCCAGCCCAUUUGUUACAAUAAGGUCAAUAGUGAAGUUCAGCUAUUCAAUGAUCGAGUCCAGACAUUGGUAAACCGGUUGAACAAGAACCUCAACGAUGCCAAGUUUACCUAUGUAAACAUCACUUCAAUCUUUGCUGAGAUCUUACCGCAGAUAGCUUACAUUAAUUUCACCGCGAGCUGCUGCGAGAGGAUGAAGGAUCUCGGCACUUGUGUUCCAUUCAGCGCUCCAUGUUCUAACCGAUCAAAUUACGAGUUCUUUGAUGGUUUCCAUCCCACGGAAUCAACAAAUAAGUUGGUUGGGAAUAGAAUUUUCACCACAAAAUCUCCACAGGAUAUUUCUCCCUACACUCUUCAACAACUUAUUGCGGCUUAAUGUUUUGGGGAAGAAUUCAUUGAUGCCGGAGAUUGAAGGGAAGGGAAGAGCCUGAGAGAAAUGGGGUUUAUGUUUGUGUUCAUUUGUACAUAUAUGUACGUCUAUGGCUAGUAGAAAAAUUGCUAAUUGAGUUUUUCUCAUCGCUGUAAAUUUCAUUUUUCGGUAAAUAGUCAUUUCUGUAACUUUAGGGCGUAUUGAACAAUGUGAUGUGUAACCGAAUAAAAAAAGUGAUAUGAUUUUUAUAAUUAAGUUGUG